CGUGCCGCGGCUUCAGCAUCGUCGCAGCGUUACCAUUGACCUCGCAAAAGCCAUGGCGCUCUGCAGAUCCACAGGGUUACUUCUCAAAAACAGUAAACUGCUUCCCUUUGCGUUAGCAGCAACCAGGCAAUGCAGUUCAGGUGGCCAGUAUCAGUACAUACUGGUUGACAAAAAGGGUGAAAAGAAGAAUGUCGGUUUCAUCCAACUUAAUAGACCAAAGGCCUUGAAUGCUCUUUGUGAUGGGCUUAUGAUGGAGGUGGGCAAAGCCCUUGAUGCCUUCGAGGGUGACCGUGAAGUGGGAGCAAUUGUUGUCACGGGGAGUGAAAAAGCCUUUGCAGCUGGAGCAGAUAUUAAAGAAAUGCAGAAUCGAACCUUUCAAGAGUGCUAUGGUGGAAACUUCUUGGCACAUUGGAACAGGGUAUCAACAGUCAAAAAGCCUGUUAUUGCUGCUGUCAAUGGGUUUGCGCUUGGUGGAGGAUGUGAGUUUGCCAUGAUGUGUGACAUAAUCUAUGCUGGGGAGAAGGCACAGUUUGGACAGCCAGAAAUCCUGCUCGGGACCAUUCCUGGUGCUGGUGGCACUCAGAGGCUUACAAGAGCAGUGGGAAAAUCCCUUGCAAUGGAGAUGGUUCUCACAGGAGACCGAAUAUCAGCUCAGGAAGCAAAACUCUCUGGUCUGGUAAGUAAAGUAUUUCCUGUGGAUCAGCUGGUUUCAGAAGCGAUCAAAUGUGGAGAGAAAAUAGCUGGCAAUUCCAAACUUGUCUCUGCCAUGGCAAAGGAAGCUGUUAAUGCAGCGUUUGAACUGACUUUAGCUGAGGGCAGUCGACUUGAGAAAAGAUUGUUCCAUGCAACCUUUGCAACGGAGGACAGAAAAGAGGGCAUGACUGCCUUUGUCGAGAAGAGAAAGGCUGCUUUCCAGGACAAUUAAAAUUCCAGUGGAGAAACAUGGUGAUAUUUAGAUUGUGAUAAAAUGCUGAUAUUAAAAUGCUCUACUUUGCCUUAA